GUCUGUUCCGCCCGACUCUAACAUGGCGGCGCCCUUUGUCUGCUCCGGAGUGCAGCCCCCGGCCUUCUCGCGGCCGUGAUGCGCCUCCCUCUGUGGCGGGCUUCGGGACAUGGCAGGUAAUGAGCUGGAGGAGGGGAGCCAAGCUGGAGUUUACACAGACAAACUGUCAGAGAAGAGUGGCCUGGGCUAUCUGGAGAUCUGAGUGCCGGGAAUCCAGGAUCUUAUACUUGGUAGCCAUGGACUUCCCCCAGCACAGCCAGCAUGUCUUGGAGCAGCUGAACCAGCAGCGGCAACUAGGGCUUCUGUGUGACUGCACCUUUGUGGUAGACGGUGUUGACUUCAAGGCCCACAAGGCAGUGCUGGCGGCCUGCAGCGAGUACUUCAAGAUGCUGUUUGUGGACCAGAAGGACGUGGUGCACCUGGACAUCAGUAACGCGGCAGGCCUGGGGCAGGUGCUCGAGUUCAUGUACACUGCCAAGCUGAGCCUGAGUCCUGAGAAUGUGGAUGACGUGUUAGCCGUGGCCAGCUUCCUGCAGAUGCAGGACAUCAUCACAGCCUGCCACGCACUCAAGUCACUCACUGAGUCAGCCACCAGUAGUGGGGACAGUGUCGAGGCCUCAGCCCUGGAAGGAGGGGACAAGAGAGCCAAAGAGGAAAAGGCUGCCGCCGCCACACUGAGCAGGCUGGAACCAGUGAGAAGCUGUUCACUCACAGGCCCAGGCAGGGAGCUUAAAGAGGAGCGGGGUGGCCAAGCUGAGAGUGCAGCCAGUGGUGCAGAACAGACAGAGAAGGCUGAUGCCCCCCGGGAACCUCCACCUGCAGAACUUAAGCCAGACCCAAGUGGCAUGGCUGCUGCAGAAGCUGAGGCUGCCCUAUCUGAGAGCUCAGAGCAAGAAAUAGAAGUGGAACCAGCCAGCAAAGGAGAAGAGGAGGAGGAGGCAGGGCCUGCUGCAGUCAAGGAAGAGGGGCUGCACCUGGAGAACGGGGAGCCCCCUGAGGAGAGUGAGUCUGCGGGCACAGACUCUGGGCAGGAGCUCUGCACAGAGGUCCGGAGCCUGCGCUCAGGCACCUACGGGGAUCGCACCGAGUCCAAGGCCUAUGGCUCCAUCAUCCACAAGUGUGAGGACUGUGGGAAGGAAUUCACACACACAGGAAACUUCAAACGACACAUCCGCAUCCACACGGGCGAGAAACCCUUCUCGUGUCGGGAGUGCAGCAAAGCAUUCUCAGACCCCGCUGCAUGCAAGGCCCAUGAGAAGACCCACAGCCCAUUGAAGCCUUAUGGCUGCGAGGAGUGUGGCAAGAGCUACCGGCUCAUCAGCUUGCUGAACCUGCACAAGAAGCGGCACUCAGGCGAGGCGCGGUACCGCUGUGGGGACUGUGGCAAGCUCUUCACCACUUCGGGCAACCUCAAGCGCCACCAGCUGGUGCACAGUGGUGAGAAGCCCUACCAGUGUGACUACUGUGGCCGCUCCUUCUCUGACCCCACAUCCAAGAUGCGCCACCUGGAGACUCAUGACACUGACAAGGAACACAAGUGCCCGCACUGUGACAAGAAGUUCAACCAGGUGGGGAACCUGAAGGCCCACCUGAAGAUCCACAUCGCCGACGGGCCCCUCAAGUGCCGAGAGUGUGGGAAGCAGUUCACCACCUCAGGGAACCUCAAACGGCACCUGCGUAUCCACAGCGGGGAGAAGCCCUACGUAUGCAUUCACUGCCAGCGGCAGUUCGCGGACCCUGGCGCGCUGCAGCGGCAUGUUCGGAUCCACACGGGGGAGAAGCCCUGCCAGUGUGUGAUGUGUGGCAAAGCUUUCACCCAGGCCAGCUCCCUCAUCGCCCACGUGCGCCAGCACACAGGAGAGAAGCCCUAUGUCUGCGAGCGCUGCGGCAAGAGGUUCGUCCAGUCCAGCCAGUUGGCCAAUCACAUCCGCCACCAUGACAACAUCCGACCCCACAAGUGCAGCGUGUGCAGCAAGGCCUUUGUGAAUGUGGGGGACCUGUCCAAGCACAUCAUCAUCCACACUGGAGAGAAGCCGUACCUGUGUGACAAGUGUGGUCGGGGCUUCAACCGGGUGGACAACCUGCGUUCCCAUGUGAAGACUGUGCACCAGGGCAAAGCAGGCAUCAAGAUCCUGGAGCCAGAAGAAGGUGGUGAGGUCAGCGUGGUCACUGUGGAUGACAUGGUCACACUGGCCACAGAGGCACUGGCAGCAACAGCCGUCACUCAGCUUACAGUGGUACCAGUGGGGGCCGCAGUGACAGCAGAUGAGACGGAAGUACUCAAAGCCGAGAUCAGCAAGGCUGUGAAGCAGGUGCAGGAAGAAGACCCCAACACCCACAUCCUCUACGCGUGUGACUCCUGUGGAGACAAGUUCUUGGAUGCCAACAGCCUGGCCCAGCACGUUCGGAUCCACACAGCCCAGGCACUGGUCAUGUUCCAGACAGAUGCGGACUUCUACCAACAGUAUGGGCCAGGCACCACAUGGCCAACUGGGCAGGUGCUACAGACUGGUGAGCUGGUCUUUCGCCCUCGGGAUGGAGCUGACGGCCAGCCUGCACUGGCAGAGACCCCACCUGCAGCUGCUGAAUGUUCACCACCUGCAGAGUGAGCAGGCAGCCCUUCUGACUGUUUUAUUUAAGGAUGGAUGGCACCCUAGAACCCUAGAGAAUAAACUUGAUUAUUUUCUAA